AUACGUCCUUGCGUCUGACGUAGCGCAAAACAUCAGGAAGUGAUACGGGCGGCCAACUGGCUAGCUCAAGGCUAGCGAGCAGCAGAAAUGAAUAUUCACGUAAAAAGCAGUUCUGUGUAUCUUCACAGUCUGGAACGAGACUGACAUUUUGUCCACGCAUUGAGGAAGUGCACAGCCGCACAAAAAAAGUCUACAAUGGGUCAACGAAGGCGAGCAGCGGCUGUGAAAAAUCCUUCAUCUCAGGGAGUCUCUGGAGGUCCUGCAGAGUCUGUCAGGGUUUCCAGCAGGAAGCACAACAUCUGCAUGGUGUCUGACUUCUUCUAUCCGAAUAUGGGAGGGGUAGAGAGUCACAUUUACCAGCUUUCCCAGUGUCUGAUUGAAAAGGGACACAAGGUGGUGAUUGCCACCCAUGCCUACGGCAGGAGGAAGGGUGUCAGGUACCUGACCAAUGGACUGAAGGUGUACUACCUACCCCUGCAAGUGAUGUACAACCAGUCCACAGCCACCACCUGCUUCCACAGUCUCCCACUGCUGCGUUGUGUGUUUGUCAGGGAACGCAUCACUGUGGUGCACGCACACAGCUCGUUCUCCGCCAUGGCCCAUGAUGCACUUUUCCAUGCUAAAACUAUGGGCCUCAACACGGUGUUCACUGACCACUCUCUCUUCGGCUUCGCUGACGUCAGCUCUGUGCUGACCAACAAACUCCUGACUGUGUCGCUGUGUGAUACCAACCACAUUGUGUGUGUGUCGUACACCAGUAAGGAGAACACAGUGCUCCGUGCAGCACUUGACCCAGAGAUAGUGUCUGUUAUUCCCAAUGCUGUUGACCCUACAGACUUCACCCCUGACCCUUCCCAGCGCCAAGACGACAGGAUCACUAUUGUUGUCAUCAGCCGCCUUGUCUACCGCAAAGGAAUUGAUCUUCUUGGUGGAAUAAUCCCAGAGCUCUGCCUCAAACAUCCAGACCUGCAUUUCCUAAUUGGUGGAGAGGGACCGAAGCGAAUUGUGUUAGAGGAAGUGAGAGAGAAGUAUCAACUACAUGACCGGGUGCGUCCUGGGGCUUUGGAGCAUAAAGAUGUUCGUGGCGUUUUGGUGCAGGGUCACAUCUUCCUUAACACAUCACUGACUGAAGCGUUCUGCAUGGCCAUUGUAGAGGGAGCCAGCUGUGGACUGCAGGUGGUCAGCACUCGUGUCGGGGGCAUUCCCGAGGUGUUACCUGAAGAUUUGAUUACCUUGUGUGAGCCCACUGUACGGUCAUUGUGUGCUGGUCUGGAGGCAGUCAUCACCCGGCAGCGGUCAGGCUCUGUCCCCUCCCCUGCCUCCAUCCAUGCACGUGUGCAAAACCUCUACACCUGGAGGAACGUCGCAGAGAGGACUGAAAAAGUAGGUUCACCAACACCAAAACUGUCAUUUCAUUCAGUUAUGUCCUGUUAGCAUCACUUCACUACA